AUGAAGUUCGUUGGCACGACAAAGGGCCGCGCCCCGAAAUAUGACGCUUCGUCCGGUCGGUAUGGAUCCCGCAAUGACACGAUAGAUGUCGAAAAGCAAUAUGCUCGGAAAGAAUACCAUUACCGUAACCUAAGCCAGAGCUCGUUGGAAUCGGACAGCGGCGACGAUUCAAUAGCGUCUUCUUCCUCGGCCGCUUCCUACUAUCCGAUGUUGAAUACGACGGCUACAGCGCGGCGUACGCGCGCUACGAUCGGUUUCUAUCGCGUCCCUCAUAGAAUCAUGAGAUGGCUUUGCCUAGCUCUGUUCUCUGCGCUCUUGCUCUUUAUUCUUACACUCUUUCGGUUUACCCUCUCAUCGCAAAGUACGCCAGCAGCGCUCGAGGUACCCAAAGCUUCACCAAGGCCGCCGACUUGGGAAAGCUUCCCCUUUCUAAAGCGAUAUCAUGGGGGCAUCCGCACAUUGGUCGCACGUAAAGAAAACAUUGCAGAGUACCCGAACGAAGACCCCGAAGGCAUGAUCCCCGAUAAGAAUAUCAGCAUGAACGAAACCAUUACGGCCCGUGGCGAGCCUACCGAACAGGUCACCGAACAGAUCAAACAAGGCUUGCCGUUCGCAAGCUCGGCAUUUAACCCAUACCCAAACUACACCUCUCCGGAAUACGUCGAGAAAUACGGUGUUAAGCGGGAAUGCUUCUUGGACCAAGACGAGACGCUUCGACUUCCAUUGGUUCACUCAUACCGCGGAGUACCUCGCGGCUUUCCGGAUGCUGUGGUUGGAUCCAAUGAAAUGCUCGAGAUUCAAGAUGAUAUCUGCUUCGAUCGCUUCGGGCGCCUCGGGCCAUAUGGCCUCGGUUACAGUGUACGGAAAGGUGGCACAGGUGCGGGCUUAGAAGGCCAUCGAGACGGCUCUGAGCGCGUCUGGGAGGAUUUUCCGCCGGUAGAUUUCCGUCGGGUGAACUGGGCAGCUGCGCAAAAUCGCUGCAUGACUAUUAAUAGCCACCGGUUUGGGGAGUUGCCCCAGAUGCAGUCAGAGCGCGUUUUCUCCAUGGCAGUUGAUGGCCUCAAACCACAGGAAAAGUCAACUGACACCCUGACGACAUCAGAGGAGCCUUCAGCCGUACCAAACGACAACCAAAAGCGCCUUCCACGAACAGCGUUCGUGAUCAGGACGUGGCAUGAUUUCCACUACACCCCUGAAGACAUCCUAUAUUUACGCUCCAUUAUCGCUGAGCUAUCCCUCCUGUCCGGGGGCGAGUACACCAUUCAUUUCUUGAUACAUGUCAAGGACACUAAUCUCCAAAUAUGGGCCGACGAUGAUACGUACGAGCGCGUACUGAAAGAUGCCCUGCCAGAAGAGUUCCAAGGCAUGGGAACGCUUUGGUCGGAACAGCAAAUGUCAGUUGUGUAUGCUGGCAUGGAAGAGACAUGGGCUCGUGGAUUGUCCGUUCAUGGAGUGUACCGCAGUACCUUUAUGCCCAUGCAAUACUUCGCAUACCGACAUCCAGAGUAUGAUUACUACUGGAACUGGGAGAUGGAUGCAAGAUAUACCGGCCAUUGGUAUCAUCUUUUCGACAAGGUCGUUAACUGGGCCCGCCAGCAACCUCGCAGGGGACUGUGGGAGAGGAAUUCUCGGUUCUAUGUGCCCUCGGUCCACGGCUCUUGGGACGACUUCAGACAGAUGGUGCGGGUGCAGACGGAGCUUGGGACAAACAGCCCAAAUAACAUGUGGAGCGCAGGUGCCAGUCAUGACUUUGUUAAAGGCGAAAAGCCUGCCCAACGCCAGGGUGACAAGUUUGUUUGGGGUCCAUUGCGUCCAGAUGAACAGGACGUGCUGGAAGUCGAAGGCGAGGGCAUCCCUCAAGCGACUAUGGAGAAAGAUAAAUAUGAUUGGGGAGUCGAAGAGGAGGCUGACCUCAUCGUGUUCAACCCCCUUUUCGACCCUGAAGGAACGACAUGGCUUCUGAAGGAUGAUGUAACCGGCUACAAUCGGGAGAAUGGCCUCCCACCACGGCGAGCUGCGAUUAUCAGCGCCUCACGCCUCUCACGAAAGUUGUUGCACACCAUGCACAAGGAAACGACAUUCAAGCGGCACACCAUGUUCUCUGAGAUGUGGCCAGCCACUACUGCCUUGCAUCAUGGGUUCAAAGCAGUCUAUGUACCUCACUCGGUCUACGUUGACCGCCAGUGGCCGACCGAAUACCUCGAGUCUAUCUUCAACGCUGGACGCAAUGGAGCCUCGGGAGGAGCGCGCUCGUCUAUCUUUGGCGAUCGCGAACAUAACUUCCGCGGCACGACCUGGUUCUAUUCUGCUGGCUUCUCGCCAAAUCUCUGGAGACGCUGGCUGGGCUACAAAGUUGACAACGACGGCGGCGAGCAAGAGGAGCUUGCAGGCGAGGGACGCAUGUGCCUUCCCCCGAUGCUUCUUCACCCUGUCAAAGAGGUGGAAAUGAUCAUUGACGACGGAGUGGAAGCUGAAGUAGCGGAAACAGAUGGUGCGGGAUCCGACGAAGUUGAAAAAGAUGAAGUGGAAGCAGAGGAAUGA